AUGCGUGUUCAUUAUCUACCAUUCAUCUAUCUAUCUAUCUAUCUAUCUAUCUAUCUAUCUAUCUAUCUAUCUAUCACAGUCUGUUCGUCUGUCUAUCUACCUUAUAUGUAUGCGUAUUCAUUAUCUAUCUAUCUAUCUAUCUAUCUAUCUAUCUAUCACAGUCUGAUGGUCUUACUCGGUCACGAGUUGACUUUCACUAUCUAUCUAUCUAUCUAUCUAUCUACCAGUUUCUCUCUCGAUCUAUCUAUCUAUCUAUCUAUCUAUCUCAGUAUGUUCAUUAUCUAUCUAUCUAUCCUUAACUUCUUCAUAUUUAUCUAUUUAUCUCAGUCUAUUCAUUAUCUAUGUUCAUUAUCUAUCUAUCUAUCUAUCUAUAUGUCUUAUGUUCAUUAUCUAUCUAUCUAUCUAUCUAUCUAUCUAUCUAUCCUUAACUUCUUCAUAUCUAUCUAUCUAUCUCAGUCUAUUCAUUAUCUAAGUAUGUUCAUUAUCUAUCUAUCUAUCUAUCUAUCUAUCUAUCUAUCUCCGUAUGCUCAUUAUCUAUCUAUCUAUCUAUCUAUCUAUCUAUCUAUCUCUGUAUAUUCAUUAUCUAUCAAUAUCUAG